AUGCAAUCCUACACUUCCAUUAUUGUAGUUUUAGCUACGAUUUCUUGUAGCAGUGCUCUAUUGUUCGGACUUAUUGGAACAGAGCAGUCAGUGGCAGUCACAGGAAAACUGACAUGCAACGGAGAGCCAGCGGCACAUGUUCGUGUGAAAUUGUAUGAAAAAGAAGCCACUCUCGACGUUCUUCUCGAUGAGGGAACCACAAAUGAAGAAGGAGAAUUCAAGUUGCAAGGACACAAAAUUGAAGUCUCCACAAUUGAUCCAAAGUUGAACAUCUACCACAAGUGUAAUUACAAGGGGGGAAAUCUCCAAUCGGUCUCGGUAAACGGAACACUUCUGUGUAACGACAAACCAGCCAACAACAUCAAAGUGAAGUUGUAUGAAGAGGAAGCCAUUCUUGACGUGCUCCUCGAUGAAAGAUUCACCAGUGAAGAUGGGACCUUUGAAAUGGCGGGAUCGAAAUCGGAAGUGACAACUAUCGACCCAAAACUUAACAUCUACCACAAGUGCAACUACGAUGGAAUUUGUGUUCGCAAAAUUUCAAUUCUCAUCCCACCAGAGUACAUCACCAACGGAGAAAAACCAGCGCGUACCUACAACAUCGGAAUGAUCAAUCUUGCUUCGAAAUUCAGCGGCCAAUCUACUGAUUGCUUCAAUUAA